GUCCAUUAGAUAUUAUACUCAGGUGACAAUCUAACACACACAAUAGUCAAAGCCCAAUUGUGGUGAUUUUCUUGCCCCGUGCACUCCCACAAGCAGGGGGGACCGGGGAGGAUGCAGCAAGCAAGCAGACCCACGCCUCCGCCACAAGAGCUCGAGCUCGCCCGAGCUUCGUCAACGGCUGGCUGAGACUGACACGGCCUUCGUGUCUCAACCAGGAUCCGCUUAUUACACACGAGUUCCGUCGGUGUCGGUGUCAGUGUCAUUAUGCCUGCCUCCCAGGACUGGCGAGGCUCUCUGACUGCCUCGCAGCGAUAUGACAACAUCCAGAAAAUUCAGACCAUAUUGUCCAACCACAAGGUUGCAGUAGCCAGUUCUGCAUUCACAUUGGAAAACGAUGCCUACAAGUCUUCUUCUUCAAGAGCCGAAUAUGACGCUGCUUGCAACAGUCCGCUCACUGCAGGGGAUCAAGAGCCACCACAGCAAGCUUCAGAAUCCCCCGGUGCUGCUUCCAGUGCCUCCAGUCACCGUGACGACGAUGCAGGCGAAGAGGGUGGCCAGAGGAUAGGCCCGUACCUGAAUUGUCAGUACGUCGCCAGCGGCGUCACUGCCGAGGUAUACCGGUACAAAAACCGCGCCCUCAAGGUCAUCACCGAGACACACGGCGUCGAGCCCCACAACCCCAGUCGCGAAGCAAAGAUCCUCGCCCAGCUGAAGAGGCCAUGCAUCCCCCUCCUCGAGACCUUCCGUGACCACGAGGACCGCUUCACUCUCGUCUUCCCCUUCAUGCCCCUGACACUGUCCACCCUCCUCGAGCGUGGGCCCCCCACCAAUGCACAGGUGAGAACGAUAUUCAUGGACGUAUUCCGCGCUCUGGCAGAUAUACACAAGGAGGGCAUCGUCCAUCGCGACGUGAAGCCGCAGGCUAUCCUCCUCGAGUCACCAGAUGGCCCGGCCUACCUGUCCGACUUCGGCACCGCAUGGCACCCGGAGCUGUCUGCCGCUACCGAACCCGCUUCCGCCAAGAUCCUCGAUAUUGGCACCGGACCAUACCGCGCACCCGAGGUCCUCUUUGGGGACAAGUCGUACGGGCCGCCGGUGGACUUGUGGGCUGCAGGCUGUAUGCUCGCGGAAUGCGUGCGAACCCCGCCCAAGCCCCUGUUCGAGUCGCGCGCAGCGCAUGAAGAUGGGAACCAGUUGGGGCUCAUACUAAGCAUCUUCAAGACCAUUGGUACGCCUACGAGGGAGACUUGGCCUGAGGCUGCCAGUUAUAGGACGCCACCUUUUGACAUUUACCGAGUGUUUGAGGGGCAGUCGUGGGAGGGCAUUCUAACCGGCGUAGAGGCGGGUUUGAGAGAUAUGAUCGCAUCGCUGGUGAGAUAUGACUCGAAGAGGAUGACGGCAGAUCAGGCAUUGAAUUGUCUGGGCUUCAAAGAAGACUCAUUUGUGUGAUUUGUGAGCUGUGAGGGACGGUCGGGACAAUGCAUUGAUCCUCAAGGGCCUCAUUCAUCAGAGACAAAGCGCGAGGAACAAAUACUUUGUGGUCUUCCGCUCAGACAUCACCAGGACUAGCCACUUGAUCAGAUACUCGCUGAAAGAAGCUGCACAUAAAAUGGUCGCUCAGGCUUGCUCUCGUAUGGACGAAUGAAGUCUGUUGAUCAACCCGAUCCUCUUGUCUGGACAUUUGAUUUACUCUGUUGUGCCCCGAGUUAGAAACCCUAGCUCGGCUCAUCGAUCAAUACAAGUCAAAUCCACUUUGAG